UAUGUAUGUAUGUGUGUGUGUGUGUGUGUGUGUGUGUGUGUGUGUGGUUGGAGGAGCUCAGCCCGACAGAAAGUGCUGAGCAGAUGCUGCAGUGUGAUAAUAAAUGACAUCAAAAAACUUUAAAAAGGACAAAUAAAAAGCACCAGUAUCGUCGGGGCUUAUCAAAUUACAAUCUUUAAUAAUUUACCACCGGGUCUGUUUAUUACCGGGUUUUGGAAUGCAUCCCUACCUUCAGAUGACGUAAAGCGCGAAAAGGCUCUCUAUAGAUCCAGCGUUGGUUUGUCCGUUCUGAGCUGCCGUAGCAACAUGGCGGGUAAAGAUGGCGGACUCCGUGAAGACGACCCACUCUAUGUAGAUAUAAAUGUAUUUUUCUAAGCUAAUGAGACACUACGAAUCUUAGUUUAAGGUGAUUAUACACUGAUUAAAGCAUAGUUAUGAAUAUUAUAUUCCAUUGCUGCCAAUUAAUCGCCCUAAAUGUUACACACUGUUCCUUUAAUGAUUGAGAGGAAUGGCACAAAUCAUGGGGAAAAUGUAAUAUCUGUAAACAUACCCAAGUUGUUUGUUUUCAACAAGCACAGAUUGUGUUGAGUUAAAACAUAAACGGAGAUUAAAGUUACGAGAAGAAAGUGAAACACUCUAGUUUACUGAAACAAAGCUUAAAGAUCACAACUUUAGUUUUCCAAAUAUUGCACAAUUUCCUCAGGUUUUUAUGAUACCACUUCAGCCUGUUGGAUGAAACUCCACAUACACUGUCCCAUGACUGCAGCUAUCCCCUUUUGGCUUUUAUUCUCGCUAACCAGGGAGCGAUUCACACCUGCAGCCUAUAAUACUGAUAACUAGUGUUUGAUAGAAAACCAGCUUGAAGUGAUUUGUAAAAACACAUUUUUAUCAAAUGAUUGAAACUAUAAUGAAGACAUUGAAGCGACAGAUGUGUAAAGUGUAGUAAUUUCACUAUUUUAUGAAACCUUACCACUUGCCAUGUUUUCCCUGUCAGAAGUGACCAGUCUGUUGGAGAGAAGCGCGGAGCUGAUUCGGACCCUGGAGCAGAUAAACAUGUCCCUGAGGGAGGGGAAGAGUCUGGACAUCAGCCACAGGACCCUGGAGGCCAUCACUGGAUUCAAGGCCCAGCUGGAGAGCCUGCUGCAGGGGAGGAAGUGGAGGAAUGCUGUGGAGCAUGUCUGGGCCUUUGGGCCUCGCAGGUAUGGGCCCAACAUUCUGCUGAACAGUGUGGAGGGCUACCAGCGGCCUUCAGUGUGGCAGUGUUUGGACAGGGGAGUGAAAGCUGGCGAGGCUGGAGCUCAGGCCGCUGUUAUACGGGACUUGGAUAACAGCAUAGUCAGUGGCUUCCAGCUAGCCACUCUGUCAGGGCCCAUGUGUGAGGAGCCCCUGAUGGGAGUUUGCUUCUCCGUGGAGAAGUGGGACAUCCAGUCUUCAGCCCCCCCACAACAUCAGGACUCCUUGGAGGAGGACUCCAUAUCCCAUGGGACUUUAGAAGACAGCAAAGUGGAAGGCAGCAGUGAGACACUGGCGGAGGGUACGACAGACAGGCCGCUCCAGGCCAGGCACAGGCCAGGGGCUGCCUCAGCAGACUGCUACGGGCCAGUCUCCGGCCAGCUGAUCGCUGCCAUGAAGGAGGCCUGCCGUCACGCUUUCCAGGCUCAGCCCCAGAGACUCAUGGCAGCCAUGUAUACCUGCGAGAUAAUGGCCACUGCUGAUGUGCUGGGCCGGGUGUAUGGUGUACUGGGGAAGCGAGAGGGUCGCGUCCUCCAUGAAGAGAUGAAGGAAGGGACGGGCAUGUUCAUCAUCAAGGCCGUUCUGCCUGUGGCUGAGAGCUUUGGAUUUGCCGACGAGUUCCGCAAGAAGACCAGCGGCUUGGCCAGUCCACAGCUGGUCUUCAGCCACUGGGAGGUGAUCAGCAGUGAUCCAUACUGGGUUCCCACCACAGAGGAAGAAUACCUGCACUUCGGGGAGAAAGCCGACUCUGCAAACCAGUCCCUGAAAUACAUGAAUGCUGUCCGCCGCCGCAAAGGCCUCUACGUAGAGGAGAAGAUAGUGGAGCAUGCAGAGAAGCAGAGAACACUCGGCAAGAACAAGUAGAGAGAAAACACACAGAAGAUCCCUCCAGGAGCAGCUCCUCCAGUCUGGCUGAGAGACACUGCUGACAUCCAUCCAGGACUGCAGACAUGCUGUACACAUGCUAUAGGUCCUGAAUGAGUCCUAAAACCCAGACAUGAGUCGGCAUUUUUGCACCUCCGGUUCGCUCGUCUCGACGUCUAUGGUUCUUUUUGUGUGUUUUUGGUUGGAUGUCUGAAAUAAGGUCCGUGGUAAACACGAGCUGGAGACAUUCUAACGAAACAACAAAAAUACAACUUCCCAGCACUGCUCGAUUCUCAACCAAUGGUUGGCCUCAGAACGCCAUCUAGUGGGCAGUACUGACAAAUGGUUAGAUUACAUUUAAAACCAAUAUUUUUGGGUUAUACACAGCUGUUCAUUUUUAUUUCUCAAUGUGCUCAAGAAUUCACAAAAAUAAAAAUAGUCAAAUUGAAAUGCUUUAUUCGGUCAUCCGAACACAUCAUCUGGUAGGCAAACGGGUUCUAGCACUGUUAGCUAACGUUCCAUCGGAUGCAGUCACGCAAAAAGGAUCGGUUGUUGAAAUGAAAAAGUGAUGGACACAACCUGCACUAGUAAACGGGAGGCAGUGAUGGUGGGGGUAAGCAGAAUAUUUAUUUUGGUUACUGCUCAGUUUAUUAAUUCUCCGUUUUAUCAUGGUAUGUUUUUUCUCCUUUAUGUGGGAAGGUGGUUCUCUUAACUUGUUUAACAAUCAGAAGUGUAUUUUCAAAGAGACCCUCAUCUCAGCAGCAGUGGAGCUGCAGUUAGUCUUACUGUUUAGUGGAUUAGUGGGGGUGAAUAUGUACAUAUUGAGAGUAAAAUUUGUAACAAAAAGUCUGCUAACUUUCUGUAGAAAUCUAAUUGUUUUCAUUAGUUUUUAAAGCAGAAAGAUAGCAUACAGUAAAUACUGACCAAUUAAAUGGCCCCAUUGGAUGGUCAAUGAUAAGUUAAAUAAACAAAUGUGUUGGAAUUUGAUUAUGAACAUUAUUUCUCAUUGCUUUACAGAUUUACUGUUGUAUGACAUGGCUUCGAUCCCCAAGAGUGCUCAGUUUCCCCCUUAAAAGUGUUGGGGGCCAUUGCUGGGGCAGAAGAAAUCUGAGAUUUUAAGAAUAUAGUUAAUAUCGAAAGUUACCGAAGCACUGACAGACAACUGAGAAAAAGAAAUUCUAUCUCUGGAUAGAAAUGUAUUUUAAUGUGUACUAAUCUGUCGUUAAGGAAAACAGGAAUGGGAUGUGUCUGCGACGCAUCGGUAAGUCUUUGAACAGUUCACACUUGCGUUUGAGCGCCGAGCCAAUGCCGUUUUUCCUCUGAUCUGGGCUUUUGUCGGUGAGCGGUAAAGCAGGGCUGAACUAGGCAUUGGCAUGAAACCUGCAGAGCACUAACAUUCCCUCAGUGAGUGUUGGGGCGACGUCAUGCAGCUCAUUCUUUGUCCACGUUAAGGCGGUGUUUCUUAAAGAGGAAAAAUGUUAACGUUAUACUAAACAUUGACUUUUUUUAUCAAAUAAAAUCUCUAUUCUCAUCACCCUUUUUUCCCCAUGGCAAUAGCGGCACAUGUAGAUGCAGCGACCGGUAGCUACAAUGUACUUUGCUACCUUUUUGGUUUCAUUAUUUGUCUUUUUGUGUUUAUUACCUGAGCACUAACUAUAGCCCGAACUAUAAACCUGAGCCAGCAGCCCUAACUAUAAACCUGAGCCAGCAGCCCUAACUAUAGACCUGA